AAGGAAAACAAACUCCACCUGGCUGCUUAAGGUUUAAGGUUUGUGUUGUGUCUCUCUUUCCUCUCCGAUUAUUCCUCUUUACUCACCAAAACUUCAAACAAACCAAAAAAAAAAUAUAAAACUUUCUUCUUCAUACAACCAUUUCUGGGUUUCUUCUUCCUUCUGGAAUAGAACAUUAGUAGAUUAUGUUGGAAAUGGAUAUUGAUGCGCUUAAUUAGUGUCCGGCAUCGAAAUUAUGAAGGUGGAGUAAGGUUCUUUGUUAUCCUAGGAGGACUUAGACGCAUGCAGUUCACUUAGUUUCAUUAAGAAAUGGGACAGAAUUGACUGAUCUUCUCAGAGACUUCGCUGUAAUUCUAUUCCCAUCAAGCGGAGCUGCUCUGAGAAAAGUACAUGUAUAAGCAAGAUGAUUGACCAAUUCAUCAGUUUCGUUAUUCGGCCUCCAAGGGUUGACUACGAUCCAGAUCAGUACCUAUGGGAAAGGGAAUUCAUCCUUGGGGGAAGAAAAUUCCAAAGGAAGGAUUUAGAGCUCAAGAAUGCUAGAGGAUAUACUUUGCAAUGUAGUCAUUACCUCCCUUCUUCUGUCCCUGAAGAUAUUUCUCUUCCUUGUGUAAUAUAUUGCCAUGGAAAUAGUGGAUGUAGGGCAGACGCCAAUGAAGCUGCUGUUAUUCUUCUUCCGUCAAAUAUAACUGUUUUUACGCUUGAUUUCUCGGGAUCAGGCUUAUCUGAUGGUGAACAUGUUAGCCUUGGCUGGCAUGAGAAAGAAGACCUCAGGAUGGUGGUGGCAUAUUUAAGAAGUGACAAACAGGUAUCUCGUAUAGGUCUCUGGGGACGAUCAAUGGGUGCUGUCACUAGCCUUCUUUAUGGAGCUGAAGAUCCUUCUAUUGCUGGAAUGGUAUUGGAUAGUGCCUUUUCAAACUUAUAUGACUUAAUGCUGGAGCUUGUUGAUGUCUAUAAAAUUCGACUUCCGAAGUUCACUGUUAAAAUGGUUGUACAAUAUAUGCGGCGAGUUAUUGAGAAGAAAGCAAAGUUUGAUAUUAUGGACCUUAACUGUUUGCAGGCAGCUCCGAAGACAUUCAUUCCUGCUUUAUUUGGACAUGGUACCGAUGACGAAUUUGUUCAGCCUCACCACUCUGAUCUUAUCUUUGAAUCAUAUGCGGGAGAUAAAAAUAUCAUAAAAUUUGACGGUGAUCACAACUCCACCCGACCACGGAUCUUCUUUGAUUCAGUUUGUAUUUUUUUCUACGAUGUCCUCCGCCCUCCUCGCAUUCCUAGAGGUCGUAGGUUUGAGAAAUAUUACAGUUUGAGGGAUACAAAAAUCGGUUCUGUUGUGAAUGAGGGCCUAUUAUAUGAUUUAAUAUCAAAUAUGCGGAAUGCAACUAUUGAUGCUGCUAGUUCAUCUUCUGGAAUUCCAUCCAUAGCAUCAGAGUCUAUGAUUCGAGACAUGACAUAUGGCUAUGGUGAACCUGCAGAUUCAAAGGAUGAGCAAAAUUUUCCAAAUGAAGAUUUUUUCUCAUAUUGUAGCUCAAGAGAAAGCUGGGGUGAUGAUAUUGAUUCUGAGGUAUAUGCAACACCUAUGGGAAGCAUGAGAGAAUUGGCAGAACCAAAAGAAGUUGAAAAGAAUCAAAAGAAGAAGAAAAAGAAAGCUGAAACAGUUAAAAAGAAACUUAAACCUGACAAAUUUGAGAGGUUGGAGUCCUUCAGUAGACGCCUGCGGCUCUGCAUGGGAUCUUGCCAUCGAAGACACCAAUCCUCUUGAUCGAUUUUGUGUCUUCAUCGAACGUCAUUUGUUUUCAUAACAUCAAUGUAAAUAUGUAAUAAUGCAAUAUACAAUGUUAAGCCAGUCCAUGAAAUUCAACUUGUAUGUAGCUUGGUUGGUUAUCUUGUAGGAAAUAUUUAACAUGUUUGUGUAAAUAUUGAUUAUUAUUUCUGGCUAUACUUUCGAUAUUCUUUUUUUUUUGUGGCGUGAAUUUGAUGCGUCUGUUUACCGCCUUUCCAUAAAUUUUCAGCCUGCUGUUUUGGCUAAUGUGACAAUUUUUAAGAUUCAUGGAGCAUUAAAGUUUGCUGCAUUCACAUUGUGAUAAUGUAUUUCAGGUUUAUUCAGUUGUCACAAUUCAUGCAAAUGUUACUCCUUUUAAAUAGUAUUAAGAAAGGAGAUUGAUAUUUUCAGUUGAAACUCCCAUUUUCUUUCUUUUAUUUUUUCUAAACUAUUAGUAACGGAGGUAGUAUAGUUUUUGUCCAAAAUACUCUACCAAAAGUUAACUCCUCUCGACACCCUC